GAGGAAGAGGAAGAGGACAGGUCUCCACAUCUCCAGACAGUCCGACCAAGACACCGAAGCCGACUUUACGCUUAGGGGAGGGCUGCCCCGCCGGCGCGUGCUUGUCUGCUCAAGGCUCUAACUUACUUUGACAGCCUCGUGUUAAUUGGUGACGUGCUGCAAGGAAUUCUGGAAGAGAUAAAGGCAAACUUGCCGUCGUCCUUCCAUCCGGACGUUGAGCAGUUUUUCAUUUAGCAGAGAGAAAUUUACCAACUUAUCGCGCAUCUGCCCUUCGUUAAAUACUUCAAAGGGGGAAGCAUCAUUGUAGAUUCCCUUCUCUUAGACGCAGAUAGUUAAAGUAAAUGAGUGAAGCUGAGUAACAGCGAUCGGGUAUCUGAGUAUAUGAGCGUUUCGAUCACGUUUAGAGAAAGUCUGAGUGGUCUGGAUCAGGCUGAAAGCAUGGUCCAAUAAUUUGGAAGACGGAGGGAGAAGGCGGGAGACACAGAAAGUAAGAAACAGAACAGGACAGAAAAAAAAAGACUUUCGGGACACUUCGAAGUGUGUUUGCCUCACACAUCCAGGUGUCCCGCCGAGCGGUGCGCGGUCUCCAGCUCGGGCCGGGAGCGCUGACAUGCUGCCCAAAGUCGAGACUGAAUCUUUGGGACUCACUCGAUCGUAUGGGGAACAGGGGCACAUGCCAAGGAACUUGCAAGCCCCCCAGUUAAAAAUGAUGGACUACUCCUAUGACGAAGACCUGGACGAGAUGUGUCCCGUGUGCGGGGACAAGGUUUCCGGGUAUCACUAUGGACUCCUGACCUGCGAAAGCUGCAAGGGCUUCUUCAAGCGCACCGUCCAGAACAACAAGCGCUACACGUGUAUAGAGAACCAGAGCUGCCAGAUUGACAAAACCCAGAGAAAGCGCUGUCCGUACUGCCGCUUCCAAAAGUGCCUCACGGUCGGCAUGAAGCUAGAAGCUGUGCGAGCAGACCGCAUGCGUGGCGGUCGUAACAAGUUUGGCCCAAUGUACAAACGUGACCGUGCCCUGAAGCAGCAAAAGAAGGCGCUGAUCCGAGCAAAUGGCCUUAAGAUUGAGGCCAUGAGCCAGGUGAUGCAAGCUGUACCCACUGACCUCACUAUCUCCUCAGCCAUUCAGAACAUCCACUCGGCAGCAUCCAAAGGCCUUCCACUGAGCCACCAUGCUGGUCACCACACCAGUCACCACCACCACCACCAUCAUCACCAUCACGCCACAGCUUUGCCUCCUACAGACUACGAUCGUAGCCCUUUUGUUACUUCUCCUGUCAGUAUGGCGAUGCCGCCACACGCGGGCAGCCUGCAGGGCUACCAGGCGGCCUACGGACACUUCCAGGGCACACGCACCAUCAAGUCUGAGUAUCCAGACCCAUACACCAGCUCUCCAGAGUCCAUCAUGGGCUACGCUUACGUUGAUGCCUACCAGUCAGGCUCUCCAACCACCUUCCCCCAUCUGAUAGUAGAGCUACUAAAAUGUGAACCCGAUGAACCACAGGUUCAGGCAAAGAUCCUGGCCUAUCUACAGCAGGAGCAGGCCAGCCGAGGCAAGCACGAGAAGCUCAACACAUUUGGGCUGAUGUGCAAGAUGGCCGACCAAACACUCUUCUCUAUUGUGGAGUGGGCCCGCAGCAGCAUUUUCUUUCGUGAACUUAAGGUGGAUGACCAGAUGAAGCUGCUGCAGAACUGCUGGAGUGAACUCCUCAUCCUCGACCAUGUUUUCCGUCAAGUGGUACAUGCAAAGGAGGGCUCAAUCCUGUUGGUCACAGGCCAGCAGGUUGAUUAUGCAGUAAUUGCUUCACAGGCGGGUGCGACGCUCAACAAUCUGCUGAGCCAUGCUCAAGAGCUGGUAGCCAAACUACGCUCCCUACAGCUGGACCAAAGGGAGUUUGUUUGCCUCAAGUUCUUGGUUCUGUUCAGUCUCGACGUGAAGAACUUAGAGAACUUCCACCUGGUGGAAAGCGUUCAGGAGCAGGUCAACGCAGCACUGCUGGACUAUGUGAUGUGCAACUAUCCUCAGCAGACUGACAAGUUUGGCCAGCUGCUCCUUCGACUGCCGGAGAUCCGAGCCAUCAGCCUGCAAGCUGAGGAGUAUCUUUAUUACAAACACCUGAACGGCGAUGUGCCCUGCAAUAACCUACUCAUUGAAAUGCUGCAUGCAAAAAGAGCUUAACAACCGGACAGUCCUGAUUCAUACGACAACUGCAAGGACGUUUGUAAAAACUCAUCGACUCAUGUUCUUUUCUCUUUUUUUUCCAAACCCAAACCUCCAGCUUGUCUACGAAGAUAAUACAUUCGGGAAGCUUAAAGUGUCAGAAACUCUUAUUUAUACUGAGCUCAUUAUGAACUUGAACACUCGGAGACUCACGUUGUGCGUAAACAAACAGCAUUUAGAUUGCUUUAUUGUAAAAAUUCAAAUAAAGAUAAAAAAGACUGCAAGAAGACUGUUCUCUUCAACUGAACUGCAGAAAAAAAAGAAUUUUGAAGGGCAACAAAGAAAAAAAAACACUUGAAACAAACUCCAUGUUUGACACUAUAUGAUGAUUUCUGCUCGAGCAGGACCAUAAGACUUUAGGGUUACAAGUUAAAGCCUUCUGAAAAUAAUAAAAUGUGGAUUUGUGCUGAGAAAAGGAAGCCGAAUAACACUGCCCUUCUUUCAGACAGCUCUGUAGCAACAGCUUAACGUUCCUCCUGCGUGUUCUCCCACUGAAACUGGGCUUCAGCUGUUGUUGGUACUGUAAAGUCAAACUGACACGCAGCCAGCCAAGCAAGUGACUCUAUUUUCUGAUCUCCCAUAUGACACCUGGGAUCGGUCAUUGAUGAACAAAAAACUAAAGGGUGAAAUGUUUCUGUCUUUUUCCAGACAUUUGCUAUUCAUGGUCGCCUUGUUGACCCCUCAUCUUGUUCAUCAUUCUAAGAAUAAUCUUUUGUUAUUUACCUCAAAAAGAACAGUGUUAGAUAAGCCCUGUUAAUAAAGUCACCAUAAAGAAUUACGUGCAUACUCCCACUUUUUUCUGCAGUUAACACUCUCUUUUUAAUAUUUUACCAAACUUGGAACAAAACAAGUCAUGAUUCCACAGAUGGAGACGGAACAAUCCUGCCUUCCUCCAAAAAGACCAAAGCCCACCGUAGAAGAGGGAAGGAAAUGACUAACACCUUAAUAAUCAGUGUUACAAUGCGGAAAAGAAAAAAAAAUUGUGAUGUCACAGUUAUGUGAGUCUUGCCUUAUUUCAUUACCAUGCUAGCUAACCGUGCAGAUGUGAAUGAAAAUAUGUACAAAUAUAUAAAUAUAUAUAUAAAAUAUUCAUGUUGUAAAAAAAAUAAAAAAGACUAAUUCAACAGGUGUUUACAUUCAUGUUGUCAUAUGGGAGAGAACUGUGAUGAAGCUUAAUUUGCAAAGUAAUGAUUUCCAAAUGAAAAAUGAAAUCAUCAAAAUGAAGGAAAGGGUUUCUCUGGUGUGUUUUCUUUGGUUUGUGUACAGUGUUUACUCUUUUUUUAUUUCUUCAUAACAGUACUUAAAUUAUGUCGUGAGACACUAAAAUCAAAGAGGAAUCACACAUUUAAAAUUUUUUAUCAGCAUUGCUGUCUAGGGAUUGUGCUUCCCUCUCAGCAUUUUAUUUGUAAAUCCCGUUUUUGCUUCUUUCUUUUUGUUUAUUUCCCGUUCUUUAAAUUUUUUGAUGUACAGUAUGUCACUGGUUACUCUUAAUAUUGAAGAUAAUUUAUUGCGUCGCUGGGUCUCCAUCUUUGUGUUACAUGACGUGAGGUGUCCACGCCAAAAUAAAUUUGUUUAUUGUAGCAUGCUCUCUGUUUUGUUUCCAUGAGUGGUUUUCAAAUACAGAAAAACCCUUUAAUUUUUCUUAUCUAUUUAAAUGUCUAUGCAGGUUUGCGCAUUGAAGAGUAUUUUAGGGGUGUAAUAUAUUUGUGUCACAUCAGUUUUACUCACUAAAUAUGAACCUGAAUCUUUGUUCUGUCUGGUUUGCUGUUAUACCAAAGACUUCUCAUUUACCCUUUUAUAUACUUUAAUGACUGUGCACACAAUUGACACACAGCAAUGAAAAUAAGUACUGAACACAUUAGUGUACUUUGGAGACCACUGGUAUAAAAUUCAGUAACAAAACAAAUAUUCCACACUGUAAACAAGCUUUUAACUAACGUACUAAAAAGUUUUUAGUACGCAGCAGAAACAUCUCUUGGUAGUAACAACUUCAGACAUCCUCUUUAUGGAGAAACUAGUCACAUGUUACUCAGGUGUGAUUUUGACCUAUUCUACAGAAUCUGUCUUCCAGAAAGAAAAUUUAAGGCACACUAUUAGUUGAGCCUUCCUGGUAACUGUCUUUUCUCUGACUUCAUACAGAAUUUCCACGGUGGUGUCUUUGGGAUGAUUUUCUUGAUGGAAAACCUGCUGUCACUUCAUAUUUAGUGUCUUAACAAGAAUGUGCCACUGCUUUGUCCAUUCAGGCUUCCUUCAUUGCAUGAAGUCUGCCAUUUACGAAUGCUGAGAGACAGCAACGCACCACAAUGUUUAGUUCAAACCUCACAGUUGGCAUUUUGGGGUUAUUGUGAACAACCGUGUUGCCUCCAAACAUAGUGUGUGGUAUAACAUGCAAAAAGCUGUAUUUUGAUCUCAUCUGAUUUUGAUAUAUUUAUCUUGUACAUUGGCUUCAUUCAUUUAAACAGGUUUCCAAAUGCAUUUUCUUCAUCUGAGGAGUCUUGCACAGUGAGUGGGCAUGGAGGCCAUUGGAGCAGAGUGCAUUACUUUUUAUUUUAAUGGAGAAUCUUAUCUGCUAACUCCAGGUCUUUUUGAAGCUCCCUGCAUAAUUAUUGGAUAAUUCUGCUGAGAAAGUUUUUCCACUCCUCUGUCAGAAAAGGCCACUUGGCAGCAGCACUAAUGUUCUUUCAUUUCUGUAUUUCAGCUCCAAAAAUUAAUUAAUUAAAAGCCUAUUUCACAGACAUGGUCAAAAAUACUAUAGACAACACAAUUUAUGUAUCAUAAAUCACAGGACAUAAAAUUAAGUAUAUAAAUAAAGAACAAGUUAAAAAGGCAUUAAAGAAAAAUAUAAGAACAUGAAAAAGAUAAUAGAAAGAUACAAAAGACGGUAUAAAAUCUUAUGUGAAUGUCAAACUAAAUAAGUGGGCAUUUAACAGAUUUUUUUAGUCUUCACUUGAAUUCAUUUCAGAAGCUUAGAAAAAUAUCUUAAGCUCAUACAUGAAUGUGAUUCAAUUCAAUAAGGUUGCAAAAGUACUUUAACUCAUUUUUAUAUUAACUGAGUCAUUAACUUGCUGUGGUCUGGAGAAUGAUAGCUUCCUAAAUACUGACAGAUUUCAAAAAUCAUUUUGGCUUUUUGUCUUCAGAUGCUUUUGGCAUGUAUUCAGUGCAUAUCCCCAGUUUCCUUCCAAGUUAUUAUUUAUCAAUAAAUAAUAUAUUUAUUAUGGUG